GAAGAGGGAAAGGAACAUUUGCCGCCAAUUCAUAAAAUUUAGUGGGGUUUUGACCGUUUAUGCCCUUUUAGCUCUAGUUUAUUGUUUUAGAGUUUAUACACAUUUUUAUUAUUAUUAAAAUUAUUUGGAGUAUGACUAAAAACUAAUGUUUUUAUAUCGCAUUAUUUUAUUCAGUGAUAAUACUAAUAAUUUUAUAAGUUAGUUUUUAACAAUGGCCAGUACCUCGGUGCAAACCAUGCCAACUCCGGAGAUCCUUAGGACUGAACAAGAAAAACCAGACACUGACUCUGAUUCGUCUCCUUCUGAAGAUUCAACUGAGAUUGAUGAGCAACAAUCCAAGAAAACAAAGACUUCUGACAUUAAAAGUAAUGACAUCAUCAAGGUGAAAUUGAAAAACGAAAAGUCUAAAGCAACUUAUCAGAGGUGUAACAUAUGCAAGCAAUCUUUAGAGAAUGUACCACUGUACAAUGGGCAUCCGAAUAAUUCAAGUGAAGAAUUUGUUGCUCUUACUGAUGAGAAACUUUCAGUUUUUAAUGGCAAUGAAGCUGGAUUUAAUGAUGAGGAUGAUUUUCCUACUCAUAAGAUCACUCACUUUAGUGUAUAUGAUGACAAAGGGCAUUUAUGUGCCUUUGAUGCUGGCUUAAUAGAAAGAGAUGUUUUGCUUAGAUUUUCUGGAUAUAUUAAGAAAAUUGAUGAUGAAGAUCCUAGCAUUGAAAAUGGCAUUCCAGCGCAUGACUUAGGGCCUAUAGUAGAAUGGUGGACUGCUGGCUUUGAUGGUGGAGAAAAGCUUCCAAUAGCUUUUACCACCCAAUUUGCAGAGUACUACCUGAUGGAUCCCUCACCUGAAUAUGCAUCAAUUUAUCACAGAAUACGGCAAAAAAUCAAAUUAGUAAAAGUGGUAAUAGAAUUUUUACUUGACAGAUAUAUGGAGAACCCAAACUAUGAGGACUUGGCCCAGCAUAUUGAAAGUAUGGGUGAAUACGAGUCUGUUGAGGAUAUGUUAAUUCAAAAUGCCCAGUUUGUUUGUGAUCAGGUUAUAUCUGUUGACAGUAAUUCACAGGAUGAAGAAAAACCUCUUAUAUCAUUGCCUUGUAUGAGAUCUCUUGUAAAAUUGGCCGGAGUAACUUUUAAACAGAGAAAAAAAGUGUUGAAACUUGAGAGCAAAGUAAGCUUCAUAAUACUAAAUCCAACAAUUUCUUUUUCACCUUUUGUCUUGCUUAUAUAGGGUGUUAAAGUUAAACGUCCUCUCUGGACCAAAGCUGUGACUACCAGCUUUGUACACGAAUUUUUCGAAAAGAUAUUCCCUGACCAAAUGGACAAUAACAAUGAAAAAAAAGCCCCAAAGAAGAUGAAAUGUGGUAUCUGUGAGGCAUGUCAGUCUCCCGAUUGUGGACAAUGUAAUUUCUGCAAAGAUAUGCUUAAAUUCGGGGGUUCUGGUAGAAUGAAACAAAGUUGCAAACAAAGAAAAUGCCCCAAUAUGGCAAUUGCUAACGCCGAAUUGUCAGACAAUGAAGAAGAAAUAGACGAAAAAAUUUCAACAACCAAAAUAAAGCAUUGUUCAAAGAAAAUUGUCCAUAAAGACAUCAAAUGGAUUACGAAGUCAGAAAGUAAAUACAAGCAUUACGAGACCUAUUCUUCUGUUGACAUUGAUGGUAUUCAAAUUAACACAGGUGAUUUCGUCACCUUGAAGUCUGAAAACCCUACAGAACCUUUAUGGGUGGCUAAAGUGAUAUACAUGUACGACAACUUACCACAAAAGUUCUCAUUCCAUGGCCUUUUAUUCUGUAGAGGCAGUGAUACAAUAUUGACUGGAACUGCUGACCCUAGAGAAGUAUUUUUAGUUGAUGAUUGCGACGACUUACCUUUAGGAAGUAUUAUUAGGAAAGCUACGGUUAAAUACCAUCCAACCCCAGAAAAUUGGGCUGAAUUAGGCGGAACCACAAACUCAAGUGCUCAAUUAGAUGAUGACGGAGAAAACUUCUUUUUUUCUAAAAGAUAUGAAAGUGAUAUAAGCAGGUUUAUUGAAAUCAAGGAUAGUGAAUUAAAUGAUGAAGGGUGUAUAUCGUGCAGGAGAAAGUUGUUAGAAAAGAAAUUGACAUGUCCAUAUUUUGAUGAUUCAGAAAAUGCAAUUUUUUGGAAUAAUCAAGCCUAUAGGAUUGGUAGUGGAGUCUUACUAGAACCAGAGGUUUAUCAAUUUUUAAAAAUUAAGACUGAAUCAUAUGAUCUGAGAAGUGACGUUGAUGAAACUCUUUAUCCCGAGUACUAUAGGAAAAAGGCAGAUAAUGUAAGAGGUUCCAAUAUUGAUACUCCUAAACCUUUUCUGAUCGGAAUCAUCGAGGAAAUAAUUAGUAGCAAAAAGGAUUUAAAAAUAACUACAAGGCUAUUUUGCAGGCCUGAAGAAACCGGGAAUAUUUUUCUGACAAACAGAACUGACCUUACUUUAAUAUAUUACACAGAGAAAGUUAUAACAACAACAUUUUCUAACGUGGCGGGAAAAUGUUAUAUCAGCUUCGCCGAAAAUUUGGUGUCGCCGUCGCAAUGGUCAAUAAACGGCCCACUUCGGUUUUAUUUCGAAGAAAAAUUCGACUUGGAGAAGAGGGAGUUCUGCGAAGUUCCUUCUAGCGGUAGGAGAAUCGGUAGUAUAGGAAAAGGAGGAAAAACAAAAAGUAAAGUGGCCUCUCAAAAAACCACAGAACAACCCCCUGACUGGAUUAAACUUGAUAAGCCCCUCAAAGCUAUGGAUGUCUUUGCAGGAUGUGGGGGCUUAUCGGAGGGAUUGCAUCAAAGUGGAAUUUGUGAUACUAAAUGGGCUGUAGAAUUUGACUUGGCAGCUGCUCAAGCUUUCAGACUAAACUAUCCGGAAGCCAAGGUAUUUUCAGAAGAUUGCAACGGCUUAUUAAAGGAGAUUUUAGAAGGUAAGGGUCACGAAAGGGGCUUACCAAAAAAGGGAGAAGUCGAAAUGUUAGUAGGCGGACCGCCGUGCCAAGGCUUUUCCGGUAUGAACAGGUUCAACGCGGGACAGUAUUCAUUUUUUAAGAAUUCCCUUGUAGCCACCUAUCUGAGUUUUUGUGAAUUUUAUAGGCCAAAAUAUUUUAUGUUAGAAAACGUUAGAAACUUCGUCUCCUUCAAACGGGGCAUGGUUUUGAAACUCACGAUUUCCUGCUUAUUAAAAAUGGGUUACCAAGUUACAUGGGGAAUUUUGCAGGCUGGACAUUACGGUGUUCCUCAGACUCGGAGAAGAUUGAUUAUUAUGGCAGCAGCUCCUGGUUAUAAUUUGCCAAAAUAUCCAGAACCUCAGCAUGUUUUUAAUAAAAGAGGCACGCAGCUUAGUUUUGUUAUUGAUAACUGUAAAUAUAACAAUGGUUGCGAUUGGACGGAAUCUGCACCAUAUAGAACGAUCUGUGUAAGAGACGCAAUGGCAGAUUUGCCCGAUAUUAAUAACGGAUGGAACAAAAUUGAAACUCCAUAUGACUCGGAACCGGUAUCGCAUUUUCAACGAUUAAUUAGAGGUAGUGAAGAAAGUCAACUUGUCAGAGACCACAUUUGUAAGGAAAUGUCUGUUUUGGUCGAAGCCAGAAUUUCUCAAAUACCAACGUGUCCAGGUUCAGAUUGGAGGGACCUUCCCAAUAUAGUGGUGCCGUUAAAUGACGGUACCAAGUCUAGUCUUUUGCUUUAUCCUUAUAGAACAAAAAAACAAAAGUCUUCAGAUCCUCCUAGAGGGGUGUGCGUUUGUGCAAAAGGUGGACCUUGCGAUCCAACAGACAAGCAAGUAAACACUCUAAUACCUUGGUGUUUGCCCCAUACGGGAGAUAGGCAUAAUCAUUGGUCCGGCUUAUAUGGCAGACUGGAAUGGGAGGGAUUUUUCGGCACUACCAUUACCAAUCCUGAACCUAUGGGUAAACAGGGAAGAGUUCUUCAUCCAGAACAAAACAGAGUUGUAAGUGUGCGCGAGUGUGCAAGAUCUCAAGGUUUCCCUGACAGGUUCAAAUUCAACGGCAACAUCUUGGACAAGCACCGGCAAGUUGGUAACGCAGUCCCUCCACCGUUGGCGCGAGCGCUUGGACGGGAGUUGGUGAAAGCGUUACAUGAAACCCUUCUUACGUCUGCCUCCCAGAGUGAUAGUAAAACUCAAUGAAUUAUUUAUUAGUUACUUUUUGACUGGUUUUAUUUCAAUGUUUUAAUACUAUUUAAGCGUUUUAUUGUCAAUUUUUAAUAGAUAAUUUUUUAUUUUA